CGGAGCCCGGCGGUGAGGCGGGGCUUGCGCCCGCGCCCCCAGCUCGGCUGCGGCUUCCACCGCAGGUCCCGCGGCAAGCCAGCGGCUGGGUCGCCUACUCCAGCGCCAUGGCAGCCCCCGGCUCCCCGGCUGAGUGCGGCUACAUCAGAACCGUCCUGGGCCAGCAGAUCCUGGGACAACUGGACAGCUCCAGCCUGGCUCUGCCCUCGGAGGCCAAGCUGAAGCUGGCGGGCAGCAGCGGCCGCAGUGGCCAGGCGGCCAAGAGCUUGCGGAUCCAGGAGCAGGUGCAGCAGACCCUGGCCCGGAAGGGCCGGAGCUUUGCGGUCAACGGAAAUCUUCACCGAACCAGCAGUGUUCCUGAGUAUGUCUACAACCUUCACCUGGUUGAAAAUGAUUUUGUCGGAGGCCGUUCCCCUGUCACUCAAACCUACGAUGUAUUAAAGGCUGGCACAACUGCCACUUACGGGGGUCGUUGGGGGCGAGGAACGGCACAGUACAGCUCCCAGAAGUCAGUGGAAGAAAGAUCCUUGAGGCAGCCUCUGAGGAGACUGGAGAUCUCUCCAGACAGCAGCCCUGAGAGGUUUCAUUACGCUCACAGCGAUUACCAUUACAGCCACAGAACCCAGCCUGGGCACACACUGCGCCACCAAGACAGCAGGCGCUCCACCCUCCUCAUGCCACCCAGAUAUGCCCGCUCGGAAAUCGUGGGGUUCAACCAUGCUGUGAGCAGACAGCGCCACUAUGACACUUACCACAGACAACACCAGUAUGGGUCUGUUAGUGACACUGUCUUUGACAGUGUCCCUGUCAACCCUUCGGUGCUCACCUACCCCAGGCCGGGGACCAGUCACAGUAUGGGCAACCUCUUGGAGAAGGAAAACUACUGGAAUUCAGGGCAGAUGAGGCCUCUGGUGCCCCUGCAGCCCGUCACUCAGAACAGAGCUGCCAGGUCUUCCUGGCACCAGAGCUCCUUCCACAGCACCCGCACGUUGAGGGAAGCCGGGCCCAGUGUCACUGUGGACUCUGGUGGGAGAAGGACGCACAUGACCGUGGGCCAGGUGGCAGCAGCAGGAAGUGGGAAUGUGCUCGUGGAGAGAAGCACUGUCGACUCCCAGCUUGGGAAUGCAGACGUGGAGAUGACCCUGGAACGAGCAGUAAGUAUGCUUGAUGCAGACCACACGCCGCCAGCCAGGAUUUCUGCUGCAGCUACUUUCAUACAGCAUGAGUGCUUCCAGAAAGCUGAAGCACGGAAAAGGGUUAAUCAGCUUCGUGGCAUCCCCAAGCUUCUACAGCUACUCAAAGUCCAGAAUGAAGAUGUACAGCGAGCCGUGUGCGGGGCCUUGAGAAACUUGGUAUUUGAGGACAAUGACAACAAAUUGGAGGUUGCUGAACUCAAUGGGGUACCUCGGCUGCUCCAGGUGCUGAAGCAAACCAGAGACUUGGAGACUAAAAAGCAAAUAACAGGUUUGCUGUGGAAUUUGUCCUCAAAUGACAAACUCAAGAAUCUCAUGAUAACAGAAGCCUUACUCACCUUGACUGAGAAUAUCAUCAUCCCCUUCUCGGGGUGGCCUGAAGGAGACUACCCAAAAGCCAAUGGUUUGCUGGAUUUUGAUAUAUUCUACAACGUCACCGGAUGCCUAAGAAACAUGAGCUCAGCUGGCCCUGAUGGGAGGAAAGUGAUGAGAAGGUGUGAUGGACUCAUUGACUCUCUGGUCCAUUAUGUCAGAGGAACCAUUGCAGAUUACCAGCCGGAUGACAAGGCAACAGAGAAUUGUGUGUGCAUUCUUCAUAACCUCUCCUACCAGCUGGAGGCAGAACUCCCAGAGAAGUAUUCCCAGAGUAUCUAUAUUCAAAACCGGAAUAUCCAGACUGACAACAACAAAAGUAUUGGGUGUUUUGGCAGUCGAAGCAGGAAAGUAAAAGAGCAAUACCAGGAUGUGCCAAUGCCAGAGGAAAAGAGCAACCCCAAGGGUGUGGAGUGGCUGUGGCAUUCCAUUGUGAUAAGGAUGUAUUUGUCCUUGAUUGCCAAGAGCAUCCGAAAUUACACACAGGAAGCAUCCUUAGGAGCUCUCCAGAAUCUCACGGCAGGGAGUGGCCCGAUGCCAACAUCAGUAGCCCAGACGGUUGUCCAGAAGGAAAAUGGCCUCCAGCAUACCCGAAAGAUGCUGCACAUUGGUGAUCCAAGCGUGAAAAAGACUGCAGUCUCCCUCCUGAGGAAUCUGUCUCGGAAUCUUUCUCUGCAGAAUGAAAUUGCCAAAGAAACCUUACCCGAUUUGGUGUCUAUAAUUCCCGACACAGUCCCAAGUAAUGACCUUCUCAUUGAAACUACAGCCUCCGCCUGUUACACCCUCAACAACAUAAUCCAAAACAGUUACCAGAAUGCACGAGACCUUCUGAACACAGGGGGCCUGCAGAAAAUCAUGACCAUCAGCGCAGGCGACGCCUAUGCCCCCAGCAAAGCCAGCAAGGCUGCCUCUGUGCUGCUGUAUUCUCUGUGGGCACACACGGAGCUCCACAACGCCUACAAGAAGGCUCAGUUUAAGAAGACAGAUUUCGUCAACAGCCGGACUGCCAAAGCCUACCACUCCCUUAAAGACUGAGGAGGAUGAAAACUUAACCUCAGAUAUUUCAGCCUCACUAUACUCAACUGCAAAAAGCCCCAAAGGAAAACACCUAUUUUUCUACAACCCAGCCCAAGAAACCUCAAAAAGCAUGCCAUGUUUCUAUCCUUUUCUAUUUCCAUGGUCCCCAGAAUGCAGAAAACAAAUAAUCAGGACAUAAUUUUGGUAGGCUUCCAGGAGAUUUUUGCAAGUGCUCCACCAGGAGAUAAUGGCAACCAGUUCUGCGUUACCCUCUACAAAAGCCAUCUUGGUUAUCCAGGCCUAUGGUGCGUGGCCUUCUAGAACCAAAAUGUGAAUUCAUGUGGCAGUUAACAGAAUACAUAAGGAAAGAAGCUGUUGUAUUACUAGAAUUUUAAAAGUUUGAUUUACACUUGUAUUCCUUUUCUGGUUUCCAGUUUUUAUCAUUCAUCUUCACAUUGCUUCAUCAUUGAGCCACAAGUGUAUUAUUCUGCAGUAUUGAAACAGAUCAGAAAUGCAAGAAAUAUUUGCAGAGUUAUCCAGAAGAAAGUGUAAUGGCAAAAUUGUUUGUUUACUUUGAGCUUAUUUUUAUCCUCUUGGGUUUUUUUCCCCCCACCCUGAUUUUAAAUGAAUUUAAGAAGUUUAGAUUACAAAGCACAUAUGACUGACUAUAAAAGAAAGAAAUUGAGAGGAAGUGAGUAUACCAAAUUUAAGAUUUUUUUUUCCAUAAAGAUAGGUAACUAAGGUUAUAAAAUCCAGUGUUCUCCCUAAGUGCUAAGUAAAUGAGAUUUUUGCUAAAGGAAAUACUUUGCCUACAACACCACUAUUAAAUGCAAAUUUCUUCUAACUAGUGGCAUUCGGUACCAUCUAUUUCCUGUGCUUUUUCAGCCACUGCAUUGGGCUGGUGGAAGAAUGGACUCCACUCCUGAGUUCUAAGAGGAACCACAGGGAUCCCUUAGACUGCUGGGCCAGCUUUGGGCACUGAAACAGCUCUAAUGAGUCACUAUCAAGCAGCCCAACUUUGUCCAACAUUUAAAAACUAGCACAAAACCACUAAGUCUUCUGUGAUCUUCCUCAGGCCAUUAUCUUAAGCCAAGAAAACUCUAGAGGAAAAAAGUGAAGAGGUUGAGGAGAACUGAGAAGAUGUCAAGGCCAUCCAGAAGCGACUUGAGAAGCACUGACUAAUCAGUGCUUAGAAGGCUAAUCAUGUCUAGUAAAGUAAAUCUGCACAAAAUGUUGUUUUAAAUGGGCUGUGAUUAAAACAUUCAGAGAAUUAGUCUUCAAGGCUAUAAUUCUGUUAUAUUUUGUUGCUUUGGAAAAGUCUAACAAUGUUUGUCAUAAAAAAGUAAGAGAAGACUCCUUCGGAUCAUUUUGGCCAGGAAAAAAAAAAUGUAAUAGAAAAUAAAUUCUUAUUUCCAAUUAAAAUGUGUAUGUAAGUCUUUAUAUUUGUAACUUAAACAUUUUUUUGACUGUUACAACUCAGUGAAGACUACUAGGUUACUAACUCAGGUCAAACUGAAAUUAUUUAGAUGUCCAUUUUUUAAAUACUAUAAGAGAGAAUUUAUAUCUCUUUUCCAGAUUUCUAACAAUAAGCAUUUGGAGUUUAUUUCUCCAGGUAAUUGAUGUAUGUUCAAAAGUUCCUGUGUUUUGGGGAGCAUUAAUAGAGACCUUAAUAAUACUAAAUACAGAAUGAGGCAAAAAUAACAUUGCCUGCAUAGGUAUUUAUAUGUAUAUGAUUUGUUUACCUUUCUAUAUGACAGGAGAGUCGAGGAUUUGACCUUGUAAACUUCAAUUACUUUUAAAUAUCUUCUUAUUAUUACUAUUUCUUUCCUAAUUAGAGUCCUAAAUUCUUUAUCAAGGAACAACCUGUAAGGGCUGGGGUUGUAGCCCAGUGGUAAAAAGCACUUGCCUUGUAUGCAUGAGGCCCUGGAUUCAAUCCUUAGCACCACAUAAAAAUAAAUAAAUAAAGAUAUUUUAAAAAGAAAAAAUGAAGAAAAAAAAAAAGAAACAUCCUGUAAGAAUACAGGACUAGCUAGUAACUAAACUAUAUAAAAAUGGAAACAUACAAACGUGCUGGCUAUUGUUAGAUUUAAUAUGUUGAAGGGGUCUGUGUCCAUGAAAAGACGGGCUAUAUUUGAUCCUCAUAUCCUGCUUUGUCCCUCUGUUUGCAAACAUUUCCCUCCUUUACUAUUUGUGAACACCUUUGAGGGAAAUCCUUAUAUGAGUGAAUAUCAGUUUGGACCAUAGGUCUAUAUACAAAGCUCUUUUUUCUUUUUCUGUAUGUCCCUGAUUAUGCCCAUGCCAUCAAAGGAACUAACAGGCUUUCUUAUUUAUUUUACUAAGAAUUCCAAAGGGUUGAUUCUAUGUCGAUAAUUCUUAAUGGUCUUUUGGAAUAUGGGUAGUUGCCACCUUAGAUUCCAUUACUGGAAACAUCUGUUUCUACCUGAUGGAAAUAACCAAAGGGUUAUCUGACAAGAUAAAGAGGGGAUUAACAUGUCCAGUGGGAAAAUAAGCAGGAGGAGAAAAACCACUUUAAAACCAAUUUUACCACUCUCUGAAGAAGCAAUUCCUCACAUAAAACAGAAAAUUGAACAUGUUUAGGAAUUUACAGACACUAUAGGUAGUGAGAUUUCUUCUAAAUAAAUAUGUAAUAAACACUGCAUUGUAAUGAGGAGGACUUUGGUAUAUGUACUUCGAACAAAAUUGCAGAAGAAACCUCAAAUCACAUAAUCGUGGGAUUAGGAAGGAAUUUAGAAAGCAUCUGGUCAAGUCCUCCUUAAAGUAUCUUCUUGCGUCAAAAGAGACCCAGUUCUUAUUAAUGUGAAAGCAGAGAAACAAUUACACAUAGAACUAAAUACCCAACAAGACCUCUAACUGGUCCUUUUUAAGAUUCAGUGACUGUUGCAUUGAAGUAUUUAUUGUGCAAGAAAAGAAACAAAAUUUUAAAAUAAAACUUGGCUCUAAGGUUAACUUUUUUAGUUUAACAGUGUUCCUGACAGUUUCACCACUUAUGAAAUAAAUUCAACCUUUUAAGGUCUCUCAGGAAAAUUCUUUUUGUGAUACCAUGUUUAGGAAACAGAGAUCCAAAUGCCAUAUGGUAGCAUAAGAGCUGUUUAAAGUCUGAGCAGAAGGGAAGGCGUUCUGAAAACCAUAGCCUUUGAGACUCAGUUAAAGUCCAGCAGUAUUUAGCCUGGAGAAGGCAUCCCACUUAGCACUUUGUGUUCUCUGGAAGAGCUCUGUGUGGAAGAUGGCAGUCUUAUUCUGACACAGUGCCAGGUCAACAGGUGGAAGUUUCUGUGAGCCUAGCUUUGGAUAAGGUGGGAAAUGCUGAGUCCUCCUCACAGCCUCCCCAUAAAGUACAGAUUUUCUUUAUCCAUGGGAAAACCCUGAAACAGGCAUUGAGUCCCAUUCCCAAAGUCACAGCUAGAAAGUGCAGAGGAUCUAUAUGAAGCCAGUCCUCUCUGGGGGUCUCCUGCAAACCCAGUGAAAAACUCAUGUCUCCAUGCUGAUGAACUGGGGGGGUGGAUCUCUUUGGCUUUGCUCUUUGGAGAGAAAUGACUACAGUAUUGCAUCACAUCUAAGAGGACUGACUAAACAGCCAGGCUGAGUUCAAAUUGUAAUUUGUCUCUUCUUAGCUGGGAUUUCUUAUUCUUACUGAGCCUGAGUUUUCCUUGCCUAUGAUAUGUAAGUGAUGGUAGCAUUCAUCUCACUGCGUUGUUCUGAGGAUUAACUUUUAAUAAAUACAGACCAUGUAAAACAGUGCCUGGCAGUAUGUACUCAAUAAAUUCUAGCUAAAUAAUUUGGA